AUGGGUGUGUUUGACCGCGGAGUUCAGAUGCUUCUGACCACGGUGGGGGCCUUUGCCGCCUUCAGCCUUAUGACCAUCGCCGUGGGGACAGACUACUGGUUGUACUCGCGCGGUGUCUGCAAGAUCAAGAGCACCAACGAGAACGAGACCAGCAAGAAGAAUGAGGAGGUGAUGACGCACUCGGGCCUCUGGAGGACCUGCUGCCUGGAAGGUUCUUUUAAAGGCAUGUGUAAGCAGAUAGAUCACUUCCCAGAGGAUGCUGAUUAUGAGGCAGAUGCUUCCGAGUACUUCCUACGCGCUGUACGAGCCUCCAGCAUCUUCCCCAUCCUGAGUGUGAUCCUGCUCUUCAUGGGGGGGCUGUGCAUCGCCGCCAGCGAGUUCUACAAGUCACGCCACAACAUCAUCCUCAGCGCCGGUAUCCUCUUUGUCUCCGCAGGCCUGAGCAACAUCAUAGGAAUCAUUGUGUACAUAUCAGCCAACGCUGGGGACCCUUCCAAGAGUGACUCCAAGAAGAACAGCUACUCCUACGGCUGGUCCUUCUACUUCGGCGCCCUCUCCUUCAUCAUGGCCGAAAUGGUGGGCGUGCUGGCCGUGCACAUGUUCAUCGACCGCCAUCGGGAGUUGCGCGUGGGGGCGCGAGCCGCCGACUACCUCCAAGGUGCUGCCAUCACGCGCAUCCCCAGCUACCGCUACCGCUAUCGACGCCGCUCACGCUCUUCGUCCCGGUCCACGGAUCCCUCGCACUCCCGCGAGGCGUCGCCGCCGGGCCUGAAGGCCUUCGGGACGCUGCCCUCCACCGAGCUGUCCAUGUACACGCUGCCCAAGGGCCAAACGGGCACCCCGACAGCCACCUACAACUCCACGGAGAGGGACCACAACUUCCUGCAGGUCCACAACUGUAUCCAGAAGGACCUGAAAGACUCAGGCGGCACCGCCAACCGACGCACCACACCAGUAUGA